UAAGUAUUGAAAGAUGGCGAGAAAACUGGAAGGGCAUAUGAGGAAUCUCCUAUUUUACAAGAGAAAUGUAGUGACUAAGUUAUUUGUGAGGCAUGCGACAGCUGGGCCUACAUUUAAAUUCAGUGACCUUCAGGUGACCUUGACGAGUGCCCCCCAGGAGAAACCUGACCCGGACAAGCUGGUGUUCGGUCAUCAUUUCUCUGACCACCUCCUGGAGAUCGACUGGAUGUCGUCGAAGGGAUGGGACAAACCGGUCAUCUCACCAUUCCACAACUUGAGUCUUCACCCGGCCUCCAAGGUUCUGCACUACGCUUCAGAGUUAUUUGAAGGAAUGAAGGCCUACCGAGGUGUUGAUAACAAGAUCCGGCUGUUUCGACCCUUGGAAAACAUGAAGCGGAUGAACAACACUGCAAAGAGAGCAGCUCUUCCAACGUUUGACGGUGCGGAGCUGGUUAAGUGCAUCAAGAAGCUGAUCAGUAUUGACCAGGAGUUUGUGCCGUACUCCACCACAAGCACGCUCUACGUCAGGCCCACGCUCAUUGGAACUACACCCACACUUGGAGUGACCCGAACCGACCACGCCAAACUGUACGUGUUGGUGGGUCCUGUGGGGCCAUAUUUCCCCACGGGGAUGAAACCCGUCACAUUGCUCGCUGAUCCGCAGUUCGUCAGAGCAUGGCCAGGCAGCUGUGGAGCGUUCAAAAUGGGCUCAAACUAUGCUCCGACGAUAGCCAUUCAGGACAUUGCGUCUAAAGACUUCAGCUGUCAGCAGGUGCUGUGGCUGUAUGGAGAGGACCACGAGUUGACCGAGGUGGGCACGAUGAACCUCUUCAUGUACUGGCUUAACGAACAAGGAGAAGAGGAGUUGAUCACUGCACCUCUGGAUGGUCUAAUCCUUCCCGGAGUCACGCGGUCCAGCCUGCUGGCGCUCGCCAACAAAUGGGGUGAAUUCAAGGUGACUGAAGGUCGAUACAACAUGAAGCAGGUUACCAGGGCACUCAAGGAAAACAGGGUUUUUGAAAUCUUUGGCGCUGGUACUGCGUGCGUCGUGUGCCCCGUGGGUAACAUCCUGUACAAGAAUGAGAUGCUAGACAUCCCAACAAUGAAGGAAGCGAAACUAACAAAACGCUUUUUCAAAGAACUAACAGAUAUACAGUUUGGGCGAACUCCCAGUGAGUGGGUGGAGAUGAUCGAUGGCUGACCUCUGACCCCGAUAUCCAGCGUUGUGAUAUGUACAGUUCUGUAGUUUGGUUUAACUCUUUAAACACUAACGCUGCUAUUGCUGGCAAAUGCAGUUUUCAUACCAAUCAAAUUACUGUAAAUCAUGAAAUUAAUGCGAGCAAGGAAAAUGUGAAAAAUUACAUGACACAUUAUAUUUGUAGCCAGUAAUUCACCAAGAAUAAACUACAAAAUAAAAAGACAAGGGCCAACAUGUAAUUUUUAAAUAAAUGCAUUUUGGACAAGCAAAACGAACAGUGUACAUAUGUUGUAAAAUUCCACAAUAACUAGUGCUCGGCAAAGGAAGUGGAGGAAAUUACUACCAACCACAAAAAUGUGGAUAGAGUGUGAAAACAAAUGCUAACUUCUUUUUUGUAAUCUCUGUGAGAAAAAUUAAAGCAAUUGACAGUGAAUUUUAUAAAUUGCAUUUACCAGACACCUCAAAAAAGACUCAUUUCAGUGUGUACCUGUCACAAUGCAGUGACAUGACGACGCAUUACUUUCAUGAUUUACAGGUAUUUUAAUAUUUAUUACAAAAAAUCAAAGUAGAUCUGAUGUUACAUUGAAAGAUAAACAUUGCAAAAUUAAUGUACAAAAGAGUAACGUUUUGAUGUUAUAUGAAAUAAAUAAAUCAUGUUUCAAAAAA